AUGCAGGAACAACAACAACAACAACAAUCCCCUUUAGUAACGGAACCCGCACACGCCCCAUCGCAAACAUCACCGCCAUCAUCAGAAGAAAAAAGAAUUGAAUAUAAUGUGCGUGGUCCGUCCGUAUCUCCAUACUUCACACUUCGCAUUGCUAUUCAAGCAGCGCCAGUCCCACCAUUACCGUCCUUACAACCACAACUCAAACAACAACAAGAAAGAUCUAAUCUUUGGGAAGAGUCCUCUUCAUCAUUAAGACAUCGUUGGCGUUUUAUUAAAAAAGAGGAAUUAGAGUUGGUGCGGCCAUCCUACGAUACAACAGGACCAGCACUGGAAUUGGGAAAAGAAGAUCAACUCCUACCAAUAUUACUACAACAACAACAACAACAACAACAACAGAAAGAAGCAACAGCAGCGGCAGUAACAAGAACAAGAAGUGAAUCACCGCAAAUGACACCUGCUGGAAUGAUAAAUAGACGUGCCAAGUCUGAAGGCACAACACGAUCACUAUCAUCCCGCUCACGAAGCCCACGAAGAGAGUUUGGUUGGUUAGAAGAAGUUCUCCAAGAUGAAAAGACCCACACCACUCCUCCUCUUCUUCCUCCCUCGCCUCCCUCGCCUCCACUCACCACGGCGGAGAAGACCCCACCCCCACCACUCCCACUCCUCCACACCCCGCAGGGACAACUGAGUAGUAGUCCGAGUAGUAAUAAUAAUAAUAAUAAUAGUUAUUUACUGCAAUUCCACACAAACAGCAGCGGGGCAGCCGAUCAAUCGCCCGGCACCAUCAGUUUCACCAGUGCAAUUCUCCCAAAGAGUACAACGCAGAUUGGCGGGAGAGGCGACACUACAGUAGGCGAUCGCACAGCAACUUCACUGGAAGCCACUACUAACACUACCGCCUCAGACGCCGCCCAACGACUUCGCGUAACGCUGUUAACAAACUCCUUUCAACGCAUGGUGGAUGAUGUUGUGGAGACGCAUGGAUACAGUGGAGAGGAGCGACUGCAACUCCUACGGCAUGCAGGGAUCUUUAGAGAACUAUCGCUGCAAUCUCGAUAUCAUGAGAUGCACCCAUUGUGUAAUAUUCGCGUCGUGGGCUCGGAGUUUAGGAGUGGGAGAAGAAGAACUCUCUCUGCGCCAGGCAGUGGUGGUGGUCCCCGAUCUAAAUAUCAACAAUAUAAACAACAAUCUCAACAACAACAAAAACAACAAGAAGCGCAGGGUGAUGAUAAUGAUCAUUAUGAUAAUUAUGAUGAUGGGUCUCAUUUGGAGUUUACAACCACAUCAUGCAUAACGGGAGUGGAAGCCGACGGGACCGUAGGGACAUUAUCGGAAGUAGCUCCAGAAGAGAGAAAAGGAGAAGGAGAAGUAGUUCCGAUGCUGUGA